AUGUAUUUUAAAAUUACGAUGUUUUGGUUUAUGUUAAAUAUAUUUUUAAUGAUUUCCGCUAUUUCACAGGUACGCGGAUCAAAUAAAAAUUCAACAAAAAAGUCAAAUAGUCUUCACCAAGCGAAAAAUGAACCGAGUGUAUUGAUGCUAAAGGAUGGUAAGGGUAAUACGUACAAGUAUAUUUAUCCAAAUGAUAUGGACCAAUUUUCUAAGAUGAGUACUCUCGGUAAUAAAAAUUCUUCUACGGUGAUACACUUACCACCGGGAAUAUUGAAAUCUGAAAACGCUUCUUGUGAUACAAGUGAUAGUCCUGUAGAUCAUCCAAUCGGAACGAUAUUAAGUUCUACAUUGCAUGAGGGACCGCUGGACACUAACCCAAAAAAUUCAAUCACUGAACAUAAACAAUCUUCACCUGGCUCUAAGGUUGUUCCUAUAGUGGAUAUUUUAUUUCCGAAGACCCCAGGAGGAGAACCGUGCGAAGAAGAAAAUACUGCCGUUUCCAUAAAUGAAAACGAAUCAACUGAUGAGACUACAACCAUAAAAGAUUGUAAAACAGAAAAAGAAGAGGAUGGGAAUGGUGCAGAUGGCAGUACAGACAUAAAAUCAAUCUAUGAUGGUAAAAAUUAUGCGAAAGAUAUUUCAAAUAAUGCCAAAAUAUUAUCUCAAAUAAAUAAUGUAAAAUACGAGAGCUCAAACAAUCAACAGAAUUCGCAAAAACCGUGUGACGCCCGUAACGACUUAAUAUUAUUGGUUGAAAAUGAUAUUAAAUUAAAAUUUUUUUUAAAAUCAAACGGAAGAAUGGAUAAAUUGUCUCUUUUGAACAACAGAAAAAAUUCAACGAUAAACCCAAAGAACGAACUUUCCUCCGACGAUGACGUCAUAGCGAAUAUAUCUGAGUAG